AUGACGGGUUUCGGUUUUGCCAUCGAUCGUGGCGGCACAUUCACCGACGUCUGCGUUUUCAGACCGGACGGCACCACACGAGUGCUCAAGGUGCUGUCAGAAGAUCCAGCAAACUAUGCUGAUGCUCCCACGGAAGCAAUACGACAAGUUUUGGAGCAAGAAACCGGUGUUCCCAUUCCCAGAGGAAGUCCAGUUCCAGCUGAUAACAUUUCAUGGAUUCGUAUGGGCACAACUGUUGCGACGAAUGCGUUGCUCGAACGAAAAGGCGAACGCAUAGCAUUGCUGAUUACGAAAGGAUUCAAAGAUCUCUUGUACAUCGGCAACCAAACCCGUCCAAGAAUUUUUGAUUUCGACAUAAAAAUCCCAGGGGUUCUCUAUGAGGAGGUGGUGGAGGUGGAUGAGCGAGUGAUUCCAUCUGACGACAGCUGUGAACUGGGUAACAUUGGACGUGUGGAGGAGACGUUUUUCGGGAAAAAGGUGAUUGUGGAAAAAGAACCUAAUGAAGAUGAAGUCAGAGCGCUUCUGAAAGCUAUCAUGUCACAUGGAAUCAAGAGUGUUGCGGUAGCCUUCCUCCACUCUUUCAUCUAUCCUGCUCACGAGCUGAAGGUGAAGGAGAUUGCUCACGAGUUGGGUCUCAGAAACGUUUCUCUCUCCCAUGAGGUGAUGCCAAUGAUUAAAAUUGUCCCUAGAGGUUUCACAGGGAAUACAUCGACGGAUUUGAGUCUGGCUUCUCUGAUGGGACUUGAUAGUGUGAGAGUUGAUUUCAUGCAGUCGGAUGGUGGUCUUUGCAGUGUUAAGAAGUUCUCUCCGGUUUCUGGAGCAUCUAAGAACACUAAUGGACGACCCGCCACGGUUGGGUUGACAUCCAAGCCACACAGUUGGACAUCAAUACCGUUGCAGCUGGCGGACCGGGAUCAAGGCUGUUCUUCGACAACGGGAAUCUUUGUGGUUGGUCCGGAAAGUGUCGGUGCUCAUCCUGGACCAGUUUGUUACCGCAAAGGAGGGAGUCUUGCGAUAACUGACGCAAAUCUUGUUCUGGGGCGAAUCAUGCCUGAGUUCUUUCCCAAGAUCUUUGGCCAAACUCAGAUCAGCCUUUGGAUAGGUUUUGAAGCUACUUACUCUGCUAUGAAAGAGCUCACUGAACAAAUCAAUGAGCACAUUAAGAGGAACCCAGAUGCUAUACAAAAGGAGUACUCGGUUGAGGAGGCUGCCUUGGGUUUUGUAAAAGUUGCCAAUGAAGAAAUGUGUCGUCCAAUCAGAGCUAUCACACAGGCUCGAGGCUAUGAUACGUCAGCACACAUAUUAGCUUGUUUUGGAGGAGCCGGCGGACAACAUGCCUGUGCUGUCGCCCAGGAUCUUGGAAUCAGUACUGUUCUCAUUCAUAAAUAUGCGAGUCUCCUGUCCGCCUAUGGAAUUGCAUUAGCUAGAGUGGUGAGCGAGGUGCAGGAACCCGUAAACCUCGUGUUCUCGCCCGAAACUACACCCUUGUUCGCCGAACGACUAACUGCACUUUCGGAAAAGGCUACUAAUGAUCUCAAGGAACAGGGUUUCAGAGAAGUUCAUUGUGAACACUUCCUGCAUAUGCGUUUUGCUAAAACAGAUUGUGCCAUAAUGAUCAGUGCUGAAUACAAUUCGCAGAAUCCAAAAACGUUGAACAACUUUGUGAAGACCUUCUACGUCAAUUAUAAGCGAGAGUUUGGCUUUGUGCUGGAAGAUCGUGAUAUUAUCGUAGAUGACAUUCGAGUUCGUGGAGUAGCCUCUUCUGGAAUUAAGUGCAAGGAGCAUAUUGCGAUGACUUCUGAUCCGGAUAGUGCUGUGCCAAUGGCUCAUACGAGGACCUUUUUUGAAGUAAAAUGCAAUUUUCCUGUGUGA